CUAAUAAAGAGAUCAGCGAUGCAGUUCAUUCCUUCUCUUCAUCUCAUUGACACAUCCCUCAACUAGACACGGAAAUCAAAUGCCACCCAAGAAGAAGAACAAGUACGCAAAUGCAGCUGCAAGGGGCUUUGCUACGACAUCUAUCCCUAAAGCAAAACCCGGUGCUGCUGAACCUGAACCUGAACCUGAACCUGCACCUGCGCCUGCAGCAGCUCCUGAUGCUAACGCACUUGUAGCCACACCACCGCCACCAAUAGAAGAAGAACUUGAAGAUGAAUUUGUGUCGUUGGCAGAGAGGCUUGAGAGUCUUUCAUUGAAGAAAGUAGAUGCUUUCUUGGGCCAAACUCAAAAGAUCAAUAUCGACACCCUGCCUGUAUUGAAGAUGGAGUCCAACUUGGAGAAUAGCGUCAUUGGAUUGUUGAAAGAAGCUGAGACCAAGGACGCGACCGAUUUCAAACCCAAUGUGUACUUGAACAAAGAGCAGACGGUCGCCAAACUAAAUGUUACUUAUCUGGCAUUGCUUCGACUCGGAUUCGAAAAGGAUGAUAUCGAAGAGGCGCUUAAGCAUACAUACACUGGUGAUUCUGAAGAUGCAUUGGACUGGUUAUGUAUGCACCUUGAUUCGGAAAAGCUCCCUCGAGGAUUUGCAGACAAGGUCUAUCAUGACGAAGAAAUGAAGAUAUCGGCUCAUUCGUCACAACCAUUCGCUGAGCAUACACCAUCAUUACCAGUAUCGACUUCGAUAUUGAUCCUAUCUACGGCCCAACCGCAAAAAGAGGAGAGGGAGAAAGCGUCAGUACCGGAACAUGUUCUUGAACCAGUAGUAGAAACAAUAACAGCGUCCAAGGAAAAGGAAUGGAUCCUCCAGGCUGCUCUUGCUGAGGAAUCCGAAGAAGAAGCACUGGAUCCGAACGAACGCUAUGUCAGUUACAAAAUGACACUGGUGGAAUUGACUCAGACCCUUGCGGAAACAAAGGAGCCCGUAGAUCGAAAAGCCAUCGCUCGCAAGAUGGAGAGCUUGAAUUCAAAGAUCAAUGAUCUAGAUAUUGAUUUUACGUUCAACAAGAAACUGGCUGAAUCCAUGUUGAAACAAAGACUCAUUGACGAAAAGAAGAGGGCUAAAAAAUCAAAGCGUAAAAAGGAGAAGGAACAAGAGGCUCUCAUGAAGGAAAGUCCUACCCCUUUUACUUCAGCAACUAUUGAAAGAGAGAGCGCUGGAGAUGACGAUGGCGGAGACAUGCUUGGAUUCAUAGGCGACAUGGAAAACCUGGGAAAUACGGAUCCUCCGUCUACAAUAACACCAUCUCAACAAGGCCAAUCAUCAGUGAGCCGACGUGUCAUGGCAAACCCAUCCUGGAGUGGUGGAUCCCCCAAAGUUGUGCUAGCAGAGUUUUGUCGUAAGAAAGAUCGCCAUUCAAAGGUCGUCUACAAGAAGGCUUCACGUUCCUCAUCCACAGCCUCUAUGGCCACAGUCACAGUGACUUGGGGCAGUGGUAAUGUAGACUCUGCAGAAAUGAGCGAGGAAGGCUGUGAAAAUAUGGUAGAAGCUGAGAAUUAUGCUGCAACAAAAAUGCUAUAUAAUCUCACAUCUCUACCCCUCUAUCGAUCGCUGCCACCAACAUACCGUGAUCUGUGGCUAGAGUGGAUCGACGAAAAGGAGUCUGCUGGAAGGAUAGCCAAAAAGGCUAUCGAUGGAGACCGUCUGUCAUUCAUUAAAGGGUUGACAGCCAAGUUACCAAAUCGAGGAAAUACUGGCCAAAAUGAAAUAGGACUAGUCAAUGAUAUUGAUAAAAUAGAGACAAAGGAGCAGAAGGACAAGGAAGGAAAGAAUUUUAUUACAAGUAUUGGAAGAACAUUACAGGAAAACUGGCAACAACGACUCAAACGACCCAAUUACAUUAAACUGUUCGAAAAGCGAAAGGAGCUGCCCAUCUAUAAAUUUAGGGAUCAACUCUUGACAACUUUAGAGAACCAUCAAGUCUUGAUCGUGUCUGGAGAGACAGGAUGCGGAAAGAGUACACAAGUGCCGCAGUACCUAGUAGAGUACAUGCUGGAAUCUGGUCUGGGCGAUCAAUGCGAUAUUGUUUGUACACAGCCACGUCGAAUCUCUGCGAUCUCGAUCGCUAACCGAGUUUCAGAAGAAUUGGGAGAUGCAAGGAAUUCUGCGGGCAAGCCCAAUACACUAGUUGGGUAUCAGAUCCGAUUAGAAUCACGCGUUGCACCCUCCAACAUCCUCAAAUUCUGUACUACAGGUAUUCUGCUAAGACGACUAGAGAGCGAUGGAGACUUGAAAGGCGUCACUCACCUGGUCAUAGAUGAAGUCCAUGAACGCACUUUGGAGUCUGACUUUCUGCUCAUCAUCCUCAAGAAACUACUGCCUCGACGUCCAGACCUGAAGAUCAUCUUAAUGAGCGCUACAGUCGACUCGGCACGCUUUUCUCAAUAUUUUGGUGGCUGUCCAGUCCUCGAGGUCCCUGGACGGACUUUUCCGGUUCAUCCUCAGUUUUUGGAGGAUGUAGUCGAAUUCACUGGCUACACUCUGGAAGAGGAUUCAGAAUAUGCGGUCCGCUACCGCAAAGAUAUCCAAAGUAAGGGUUCGGUUGAUAUUGCUGGAAAAGGCGCUAGUCGUCAGACAGUUCAUCUCCAAUGGGAAAGGGAGAUGGAAGGCGCAUAUAUCCCUCAAGAGGCGGAGGCUAGAAUAACGAUGAUGAAUGAUACUCUACAGGACCCAGUGGUCGCGAACAGGAGUGAUCAAAUGCUAGCUCGAAUUGAUGAGAACAAGAUCAAUUAUGAGUUGAUUCAACUUUUGCUCGAAUAUAUCUGCUUUCCAGAAGAUCGCCGUACAUGGCAGGGCGACAUUGGAUUCCCCACCUCCGAACCAGAGCGUUCUCUUUCUAUUCCUGGGGAAGGAGCCAUCUUGAUAUUCCUGCCUGGAAUGCCCGAGAUUCGCAAAGUGUUUGAUGGCCUCAAGGCCAAUCGUCGGUUCGCAGACGAAACUAAAUUCUCACUGUGGCCACUACACAGCUCUAUCUCAUCUGAGGGUCAAAACCAAGUCUUUGAUACGCCCGCACCGGGCGUUCGUAAGAUUGUAUUGGCGACCAACAUUGCGGAAACUGGUAUCACAAUUCCGGAUGUGACCAUUGUGAUCGAUACUGGCAAAUCCAAGCAAAUCAAAUUUGAUGAGAAGAAAAGGGUCACGACUUUACAAGAGCGCUUCAUCGCUAGAGCGAACGUGCGUCAAAGACGAGGGCGUGCUGGACGUGUUCAGGAAGGCGUCUGCUUUCAUUUGUUCUCUAAGACAACCUUUGAAGAAACUAUGCCAGAAUAUCAGAUGCCAGAAAUCAUGCGCAUGCCCCUUGAGGAACUGUGUCUGAUGAUAAAAAUGUGUCAGCUUGGAGAGAUUGCAGAGGUCUUGGGAAGUGCGCUUGAUGCUCCUCCAGUAAAGGCGAUUGAGAACGCGAUCCAAGCGCUGCAGGAUGUUCGAGCUUUGACUAAGACAGAGGAGCUGACACCAUUAGGAAUCCAUUUAUGCAACUUGCCUGUGGACGUUCAUAUUGGCAAGAUGAUCCUAUUUGGGGCCAUCUUCAAGUGUUUGGACCCAAUCCUGACCAUUGCUGCGAUGCUCAGCUUCAAAUCUCCGUUUGUGACACCGUUUGGUGCGGAGGAUGAGGCUGAUGCCGCGAAAGCUAAAUUCAAGCUUGCAGAUUCGGACAUGCUGACAUGGUACAAUGCUUAUUUGGGCUGGCGCCAAUCCUAUCAGCAACAUCAAAAGAUGGGCGGUAUCUAUGACUACUGUCGUAAGAACUUCUUAAGCCAUCAGAACCUAAGUAUGGUGGAGGAUAUGAAAAGACAGUUCCUGGAGUUUUUGAUUGGUACAGGAUUUGUGCAGGUGGAUGCAGAAACGAAACGAGAGUUGAACAAAGAGCGGUUUAAUCAAAAGAUUACAUUCUGUCCAGUGAUUCAGGAAUAUAAUGUUUAUCAACGGUCGAUCCCUGUAUUGAAUGCGGCCAUCACAGCGGGGAUGUAUCCUAAGGUGAUGAUGAGGAAUGAUCAAAUGAAAGCUUAUGUGACAGGCCCAAAACAGGAGACAGUGUGGAUCCAUCCUUCGUCCGUUAAUUUUACGAAAGGAGGAGCUGGCGCUGCUCUAGCAACGGCGGCAGCCGCAGGGCAAGAUUUGAGCCCUUGGUUUGUAUUCAACAGUUUAGUCAAGUCAACAAGAAUGUACGUCUGGGAGAGCUGCCGUAUAGGCCAAUUCCCGUUAGUGCUCUUUGGCGGAGAGCUUUCUGUCAAGCACCACGCUAAACUGGUGACAGUUGACAAAUGGAUUCAGUUCAAAUGUCAUGCAAAGACUGCAGUUGUCUUCAAGAUGAUGCGUGAAGAAUUGGAAAAGAUUCUGCGAAAGCGGAUUGACGAGCCAGAAAAGGGCACGACUGAGAGAGAAGGACGUUGGCUCCAAAUGAUAGUGGCAAUCUUGGAGGGAGAAGAUGAUUCUCUACGGUUAGAGAACAAAGCCAGCCAUCAGCGUAACAAGGAUAAAAAUGUCUUUUUGGCAUAGAAAAAUGCUGUAUGUCAUAGAAAUUUAUCUUUUUGUAAGAGGAUCACCGUAAUGAAAAGAAUAAAAUUAAGGCA